AUGAGGAGCAUCAUCAUGACGAGACCCGUCAUUGAUGCAUAUGUAGAGAAAAUUGAUGCAGGAGAAGCGAAAUCUAUAGAGAACGCCAUCGUUUGGACUUUAGGGUUUGGGUCUCUCUUCAAUGAAUCGCUUCUCCGCUUUCAGAUCAUACAUCUCAACUCUUUUGCAUCAGACUUUCUUAGCGGCGGCGGUAUAUAUACCAUGAUGAUCAAGUCGAUCAAAUCAGUGGUUCAGGCAACAACUCGUACGAUACUAAGCUUGAUCAUCUCUUGUCUCCGGUUUCUUUUCGGCUUUGCUUCGCUGACUCAUCAUCACGACGAUACAGAGCUUGACGAUCAUGCGACGGUUAUCAUCGAAGACUCCACGGAGGCUGGGAGGGAACACGUGCUCUAUGCCGCCACUCGGGCUUAUCUUUGCGGCAAAACCAACCUUUACUCGGACAAAUUCUACGUCGUCGGAGAAUGCAAGGUGGACGAUCUGUACCAAGGGGUCGAGCUCGAGUGGAGGAUUUUCGUUGAUAAAAACAAUAUGGGAAUCAUCACUAAGGAAUGGUUCGAGCUGAGAUUUGAUGAAAAGCACAGAGAUUUGGUCUUCGACUCUUACAUACCUUUCGUGGAGAGAAAGGCUACGGAGAUCAAGAGCAAGAAGAGAGACCUCGAGGUGCACACAUACUCUCACUGCUCUGACACUUGGGAAACCAAGAGCCUCGACCACCGUUCAACCUUUGAAACGAUUGUUAUGAAGGAAGAGGUCAAGCGUGGCCUCAUCGACGAUCUUGACCUGUUCAUCAGAAAAAAAGAUUUCUACAAAAGAGUUGGUCGACAUUGGAUAAGAAAUUACUUGCUGUAUGGGCCACCAGGGACCGGGAAGACUAGUCUUGUUGCUGCUAUGGCUAAAUAUCUCGACUUCGAUGUUUAUGACCUAAGUCUCUCGGAAGUGGUGAAAAGUGACUUCGACCCAAGGAAACUAAUUCUAAGAAUCAUGGAUUGCUCGAUUAUCCUCGUAGAAGAUAUAGACUGCUCCCACGAGGGAUCGGUAGUGGCAUUAUCGCAACUGUUAAAUUCCCUACUUGGGCUGUGCGCGAAUGGCGAACCACGCAUCGUAAUAUUCACGACAAACAACAAGGAGAGGCUUGACCCAACAUUGCUAUGUCGUAUGGAGAUGAAGAUUUACAUGGGACAUUGCUGUUUUGAGGGACUCAAAACGUUGGCGUCUAACUACUUGGGCCUCUCUCACGACAAUGAUGACCCACACCGUCUCUACCCGGACAUCAAACGUUUGAUUGAUGGACAAGCUGUGACACCGGGUCAAGUCGCAGAGGAGCUAAUGAAGAGCGAAAACGUUGAUGUGGCCCUCGAAGGUUUGGUGAGGACUUUGGAGAUGAAGAGUUUAGUAUCAGAUAAGACUGAUGAAGAUAACAAAGGAAAAAUUGGCAUGUGUAGGAUAUGA